AUGUAUCUUGAUUUCCAUCUUGAUGCAAAGACAUAUGUUGUUUCUAUUCCAAAGACCAAUGAAAACUUCCGUCUUCUCAAUGACAUAAAAGGUAGAUUCAAGCUACACUCAAUUAGGGAUGAGGAGGCAAAGGAUUUAACAUCGUCGGGAGCUUGUGAUCCUUUAUGUUCGGUGGAUGAAACAAGCUCACAAGAAUAUGAAGCUACUUACCAGCCAAAGACCGAUUUAUUGAAAGCUGUGGCUAUAUUUGGAGCARCUGCGACAGGGACAGUGGCGAUUAAUCAUUCWUGGGUGGCUGCAAACCAGGAUCUUGCAAUGGCGUUGUUGUUUGGAAUAGGUUAUGYUGGCAUAAUUUUUGAAGAGUCACUUGCCUUCAAUAAAAGUGGAGUAGGUUUACKAAUGGCAGUAAGCUUGUGGGUUAUUCGGAGCAUCGGAGCCCCCUCAACCGACAUAGCAGUAGCAGAGUUAACACAUGCUUCAGCAGAAGUCAGUGAAAUAGUAUUUUUCUUGCUUGGUGCAAUGACGAUAGUGGAGAUAAUUGAUGCUCAUCAAGGCUUUAAGCUGGUUACUGACAAUAUCACCACUCGCAAGCCCCGAUCCCUCCUUUGGGUGGCUGCUUGCUAUUCACACGAUGGCCAAGUUCAUGAAAACCCCAAUUGUAAUCAUGAUAUGGUGCCACCUGUAGUGGCUAUGGAUUAA